UUCAAGUCCCGGCAACGGAAUUUACUUUUUGCCUAUCAUUCCCCGUAUUCAUAUUUUUGGGCGAAGUAGUAAAAUAUCGGAGCAGAGAUAAAACCCUAGUCAACCCUAAUCUCUUCUCUUUUAACUCUCAAUCAUAACGCAGCCGCCCUUUUUGUCUCUCCACCACCGCUGCUCUGAACCUCCUUCGCUUCGCCAUGGCAUCAGAGAAGAAGCUGUCGAACCCAAUGAGGGAGAUUAAAGUUCAGAAACUUGUCCUCAACAUCUCCGUCGGUGAAAGUGGUGAUCGUCUCACCCGUGCCGCCAAGGUUUUGGAACAACUAAGUGGUCAAACCCCUGUCUUCUCCAAGGCUAGAUACACUGUGAGAUCUUUCGGAAUCAGGCGUAAUGAGAAGAUUGCUUGCUACGUGACGGUGAGGGGAGAGAAGGCUAUGCAGCUUCUUGAGAGCGGUUUAAAGGUGAAGGAGUAUGAGCUUUUGAGGAGGAACUUCAGUGAUACUGGCUGCUUUGGUUUCGGUAUCCAGGAGCAUAUUGAUCUUGGCAUCAAGUAUGAUCCUUCAACUGGCAUUUAUGGUAUGGACUUCUAUAUUGUUCUGGAACGAGCUGGGUACCGUGUGGGUCGUCGUCGCCGGUGCAAGUCACGGGUUGGUAUCCAGCACAGAGUUACUAAGGAGGAUGCAAUGAAGUGGUUCCAGGUCAAAUAUGAAGGUGUCAUCCUUAACAAGUCUCAAAAUAUUGGAGCUUAGGAAUAGAAGUUAACGAGCGCAGUUGAGCUGUUGAGUUUUGGCUUCUUGAUUUUGAUUAGUUUGUGUACCAGUUAUCGAAUGCCUGAAGAGAUUUAUGAUUGACUUUAAAAUACUAGGUACUCUUUCUCUUGGUUUAAUUACUUUAUUUAUAUAGCACUUGGAAAAUGCUUCUCGAUUCAAAUAUUUUGAACUAGUGAUGGAAAGAAA